CCCGGCCCGCUUCCCGCUGCCCAAUCAGUGCGGCGGGGCCGGCGCUCCGGCUCCAUAAAGCGGCGGCGGGCGCGGCCCCCGGGAGCCGAGCGUGGGAGCCCCGCGCCGAGCCCCUGCAACCCUGCCCAGGACAGCCCUCGUCAGCUCCGCAGCCAUGGCCACCUCGGCGAGCUCCCACCUGAGCAAAGCCAUCAAGCACAUGUACAUGAAGCUGCCGCAGGGGGAGAAGGUCCAAGCCAUGUACAUCUGGAUCGAUGGGACUGGGGAACACCUCCGCUGCAAAACCCGCACGCUGGACCACGAACCCAAGAGCCUGGAAGAUCUCCCCGAGUGGAACUUCGAUGGCUCCAGCACCUUCCAAGCUGAAGGCUCCAACAGCGACAUGUACCUGCGACCUGCUGCCAUGUUUCGGGACCCUUUUCGCAAGGAUCCCAACAAAUUAGUUCUCUGUGAGGUCUUCAAAUACAACCGCCAGUCUGCAGAGACAAAUCUCCGGCACACCUGCAGGCGGAUUAUGGAUAUGGUGUCCAACCAGCACCCCUGGUUUGGGAUGGAGCAGGAGUACACCCUUCUGGGAACAGAUGGUCAUCCAUUUGGCUGGCCUUCCAAUGGCUUCCCUGGACCCCAAGGUCCAUACUACUGCGGUGUAGGAGCUGACAAAGCCUAUGGCAGAGACAUUGUGGAGGCCCACUACAGAGCGUGCCUGUAUGCUGGUGUGAAAAUUGGAGGAACCAAUGCAGAAGUGAUGCCUGCCCAGUGGGAGUUCCAGGUGGGACCAUGCGAAGGGAUUGAGAUGGGGGAUCACCUCUGGAUAGCACGCUUCAUCCUCCACCGGGUGUGUGAAGACUUUGGUGUCAUUGUGUCCUUCGAUCCCAAACCCAUCCCUGGGAACUGGAACGGUGCUGGCUGUCACACCAACUUCAGCACCAAGAACAUGAGGGAAGAUGGGGGACUCAAGCACAUUGAGGAAGCCAUCGAGAAACUGAGCAAGCGUCACCAGUACCACAUCCGUGCCUACGACCCCAAAGGAGGGCUGGACAACGCCCGGCGCCUGACGGGCUUCCAUGAGACAUCCAACAUCCACGAGUUCUCCGCCGGCGUUGCCAACCGCGGCGCCAGCAUCCGCAUCCCACGCAAUGUGGGCCAUGAGAAGAAAGGCUACUUUGAGGACCGCCGGCCUUCAGCCAACUGCGAUCCCUAUGCUGUGACGGAGGCCCUCGUCCGUACGUGUCUCCUCAACGAAACUGGGGAUGAGCCUUUUGAGUACAAGAACUAAGUGGAAUCAUGCCCACAGACACCGCCUUCCCCCCAUGCUUCCCACACCCCUAAACUUCCCUUCUAGUUGUAAUCCUGAGGGUACAAGAUAACACACUUCGUGUCUCAGUAACUCUUGUUGUUUUGAGGUGGGGGAGGAGGGCAGGUUUAGUUUUAAUGAUGUCUAUUUGUCGUUGACUCUUCAAAAGGCGAGAGGAGGAGCAGAGGGUGUUAGAGAAUUUUUAACCACUGUUUUGUUUUACUGUUGUUGUUUGUUUUUUUUUU